GGCAUGUUUUCAAGGCAUUUUUGAGGAAAUGUGGUGAAUGUAAACUUGCUCUAUUUGGGGGGGAAAUUCUGCUGAGGCUCGCAUUAGCCGUUUUGGCCACAGGCUUGCGUGGGGAAUUCAUGUUGAGCUGAUUGCCUCCCAGGACCCCUGGUCUCAUAUUCAGUCUCUGCUUUGGAGGAUAGAGUCCUCUCUCUCCCUCUCAUCCUGAUUUUAGAUAAUGGGCUGUGUGCAAUGUAAGGAUAAAGAAGCAACAAAACUGACCGACGAGAGGGAUGGCAGUUUAACUCAAAGCUCAGGCUACCGCUAUGGGACAGAUCCCACUCCACAGCACUAUCCUAACUUCGGUGUGACUUCAAUCCCAAACUACAACAACUUCCAUGCCACAGGAGGCCAAGGACUGACCGUGUUUGGUGGAGUCAAUUCCUCCUCUCAUACAGGGACGCUGCGUACAAGAGGGGGAACUGGUGUAACUCUUUUUGUGGCGCUUUAUGACUAUGAAGCAAGAACAGAAGAUGACUUAAGUUUUCACAAAGGAGAAAAAUUUCAAAUACUUAACAGCUCGGAAGGAGACUGGUGGGAGGCCCGGUCCUUGACAACAGGAGAAACUGGUUACAUUCCCAGUAAUUAUGUGGCUCCAGUCGAUUCCAUCCAAGCAGAGGAGUGGUACUUUGGCAAGCUUGGCCGAAAAGAUGCUGAGAGGCAGCUGUUGUCAUUUGGAAACCCCAGAGGUACCUUCCUGAUCCGGGAAAGCGAAACUACCAAAGGUGCCUAUUCCCUGUCUAUUCGAGACUGGGAUGAUAUGAAAGGAGAUCAUGUCAAACAUUAUAAGAUCCGUAAACUUGACAAUGGUGGAUAUUAUAUCACAACUCGGGCACAAUUUGAAACUCUUCAGCAGCUGGUUCAGCAUUAUUCAGAGAAAGCUGAUGGUUUGUGUUUUAACUUAACUGUGAUUGCUACGAAUAAUACCCCACAAACUGUUGGAUUGGCUAAAGAUGCAUGGGAAGUUGCACGUGAUUCAUUAUUUCUGGAACAGAAGCUUGGUCAGGGGUGUUUCGCUGAAGUGUGGCGUGGUACGUGGAACGGAAAUACUAAAGUGGCUAUCAAGACCCUGAAGCCUGGCACUAUGUCUCCAGAAUCCUUCUUAGAGGAAGCCCAAAUCAUGAAGAAGCUCAAACACGACAAAUUGGUUCAACUUUAUGCUGUGGUAUCUGAAGAACCUAUCUAUAUUGUCACAGAGUACAUGAGCAAAGGGAGUUUACUAGAUUUCUUAAAAGAUGGAGAAGGAAGAGCUUUGAAGUUACCGAAUUUGGUGGACAUGGCAGCCCAGGUGGCUGCAGGAAUGGCGUACAUCGAGCGAAUGAAUUACAUACACAGAGAUCUGCGGUCUGCAAACAUUCUGGUGGGGAACGGCCUAAUAUGCAAGAUUGCCGACUUCGGAUUGGCAAGGCUGAUUGAAGACAACGAAUAUACGGCCAGACAAGGUGCAAAGUUUCCCAUUAAAUGGACUGCGCCAGAAGCAGCAUUGUAUGGAAGAUUCACAAUAAAGUCGGAUGUGUGGUCUUUUGGGAUCCUACUGACAGAGCUGGUAACAAAAGGGAGAGUGCCAUACCCAGGCAUGAAUAACCGUGAAGUCUUGGAGCAAGUAGAACGUGGUUAUCGAAUGCCAUGUCCUCAGGACUGUCCCAUCUCCUUGCACGAGCUUAUGAUCCACUGCUGGAAAAAGGACCCAGAGGAACGUCCAACUUUCGAAUAUUUGCAGGGUUUCCUUGAAGACUACUUCACUGCAACAGAACCCCAGUACCAGCCCGGCGACAACCUCUAAAUCCCUGGUCUCCAGACACUGUCGUGAAUUACCAGGUCUUUCUCAGCCCUGCCCCACCUGUCCUUCAGCUUCCAACUCCGUGAUCGGCUUCUCCGGAGUGCAGCAUCUUCCAGCACCGCUGUGCACAGGAGGGGCUGAAGCUGGGAACUUCCUCAGCUCUUGCCUACGACCACUUGUCCUAAUAAUCUGAAUGUCCUGGAUUAAAAGGAGAAAAACACUUGUUUUUUUCUUAAUCAAAGACUCCAAAACUGCAUUGUAUUGAUGUUAUGUAAACUGCAAAACCUCUGUUCAUUGUAAAUAGUAACUCAGUGCCAAUAACUGAUCCUAGUGCUUUCCUUUUUUUAAAACGCGAAACCUAUGUGAUUUUAACUAGUCUUCUCCUGAUCCAACUAAAAGUAUUAUUUUCCAGAAGUGGCCUCUUUGUCUAAAACAUUUUUUUUCAUGUUUUAACAAAUUAAAAAAAAAAAAAAAAUCAGGACAGGUGUUUGGUUUUUUGCUUUUUUAUAUAUAAAAUAUAUAUAAUAUAUAUACAUACCUGUACAUACAGUAUAUGGGUGCUAUUGCAGAGGAAACUCAUUUGGAAUUGAAUGGAUCCUGCUGCAGCAGUACCCAGAAAGCGAUAAUUUUACUGCAGACAUAAAAACACUGGUGGGAUUCUGAAAGCCAGUGAUCUAAUUUUUGGCUUUUGCCAAGCAUGAUUUUUUUAAAUUGGAUUGCACUUUUUGUUUAUGAUUAUGUACCUGUAGAUGGUUGUAACUUUGCUCUUUCAGGAAUCAUGUGCUGUAUUUACAGUAAUGUUUCCAAUGUUUGACAAGUGUGUGAUGAUUUGUUCUUGAAAUUAAAGCAAACAUAUUUAAAGCAAGAAAACUACACCAUCACCGUUUGAACUGGAAAAUUGAAACUGCAAGGACUUCUUGUAUCAAAACAUGUAUGUUUCUAAAAGAUCUAUUAAACAGUGUAACCACAUUCAGAUGGUCUUAAAAUCAUACGAUUUUAGCCAUGUCCACCUGCUAAACCGUUGGUCAUGCAACUAGGAUUUUUCUGUUUUAUGUGUAACAUUUUUCCAUUGUAAAAUAAGUGUGUUAAAUGUCCUGUACUGCUAAUGAAAUUACUUUCUCUGUGUCUGCAAGUUCUCCAGUGGAAUUACUAUGCACUUCUUUACAUUUCAUGGAGGAUGCACAGAACAAAGUAUUACCUUUUCAGUUGUCUGUACCAGCCUUGAAUUACUUACGUUUAACCAAAAAGAAACGA